GGGUGGCCGCCUCCCGCCGCCUUUAUCUGGCGUGCGGGCGCGGGGGGUGGCACUGGGGGAACACCUUGUUUUAAGAUAGGCGCUAUAAAUACGGCGCCGGGGAUGGGAGCGCAGCCACGGGCGACGGCGGCGGGUUGACGGGGCGGCGGUGAGAACGGCUGCGGACCACGGACUCAGCCCGGGAGCAGCCGCCGAGCCCGGAGGGCGGCCGGUGCCGCUGGCGAGGAGGAGGUCGCCGCCGGAGGAGCCCCGCGGUCCGAGCCCCCCCCCCCAACUCCCCAACCCGGCCGAGCUCUACCAUCCGCCGGCACGAUGCAGAUCUGCGACUCGUACAGCCAGAAGUACUCCCUCUUCAACGCCAUGAACCGCUUCAUCGGCGCCGUCAACAACAUGGACCAGACGGUGAUGGUGCCCAGCCUGCUGCGGGACGUGCCGCUGCUGCUGGAGGAGCUGGACGCGGCCGGAGCCGUCUGUCCCCAGCGGGAAACCCCCCUGCCCGCCGGCGACCCCGGCGCCUACUUCUCCCGUAGGGACAUGUACAGCCACUACAUGCUGCUCAAAUCCAUCCGCAACGAUAUCGAGUGGGGGGUGGUCCAGCCGGCGGCGGGCGAGGAGGCGACCCGCAAGAAGGACAAGCUGGGCGGCGGGCCCGCCGAGGAGGGCGAGGGGGAGGAGGACCUGGAGCAGCAGUUCCACUACCACCUCAGCGGACUCCACUCGGUCCUCUCCAAGCUCACCCGCAAGGCCAACGUCCUCACCAACAGAUACAAGCAGGAGAUCGGCUUCAGCAGCUGGGGGCAGUGAGCGCCGGGGGGGGGGGGGGGGGGGGGCACACACGGGGACCGGCCCGGUGGGAACGGGAACGGGAACGGAGCGGCGGGUCCCCGCCCGGCGAUGCUGCCGCCGCGGCGGUGGAGGAGGAGGAGGAGGAGGAGGAGGAGGGCUGCGCCCCCGGGGCUGAGGCUUCCCUGAGCGCUCCCAGGACCGCGGCCGGUUUUCUACCAACGCACAAGCGAGACAGAGGUGUAAAUUAAUCAGUACUAGUUUAUUAAUUAUUAUUUUUCCCCCUCCCCCCCUCCUUCUUUUUUUUGUUGUUAUUGUACGGUCUGGGGCGAGCGGUUGCUCGGGGCCGAGCCCGUGUGUGUGUGUACGAGGUGGUGGCGUAGCUGGCGGAUAGGAGGCUCAAGGCGAGCCGAUGAACAUAACAAAACUGGCGUAAAAUCGCUUCUCUUACCCAGGAGGGAACCCAGCGGGCUCAUGAGCAUCCCUCUGUCGCGGGACGGAUGGCAGGUCCCACGGUUGUACAUGUACUGGAGUUUAUUUAAAACUUUUUUUACUCAGAUGUAGAGUAUAUUCUAAAAUAAAUACGAAUGUAUUAACUAAAAGUGACUUAAACUUUUUGGUAUGAUUUAUGUUUCUUUAAUUAAAUGAUAUUUUUAACAUCUGGAA